CAUGAAGGUCACUCUUUCUCAGCUCAUUGCUUUGGCAACUACUGCCAGCUGCACUGUCAUCGAUCUCGACAAGAGAGCUUCUCCGCUCGAUGUCACCUUGACUCCCCUCGGAAACACCAAGGUCAAGGCUGCUGUAACCAACAACGGUGAUGUCAGCUACAACCUCUUCUACAAGGGAACUUUCCUGGACGAGGCCCCCGUCGACAAACUCCACGUCACCUCUACUGCUGCCAAGGCUCCCUUCACUGGUAUUCUGCAGCGUCUUGCUACUACUCAACUCACCGAGGAGUCUUUCAAGCCCCUCAUGGCUGGUCAGACUAUUGAAGUCGAAGUCGAGCUCGCCGAACUCUACGAGCUUUCCACCAGUGGAGCAUACAGUGUCCUUGCUGCCGGUUCUGUCCCCUACGCCGAGCUGAACUCGACUGUUCUGUCUGGAAGUGCCCUCUCUUUCUCGAGUAACACACUUUCCGUCGAUGUUGACGCUGCCGAGGCUGCCAAGGUUGAAUUCGCCGUCAGCAAGCUCGAGAAGCGUACCGCCAUCCAAAGCGAUUGCACCGGUACCAAGUUGACCGCCAUCCGCUCUGCCUUGAGCAACUGCAACAGACUGGCAACUGCUGCCGCAACUGCCGCAACUUCUGGCUCUGCUAGCAAGUUCCAGGAGUACUUCAAGACCACCUCGUCUACCACUCGCAACACUGUUGCUGCUCGUCUCAGAGCUGUUGCUUCUGACUGUGCUUCUACCACUGGCGGCAAGACUCGCACUUACUGCACUGACAUCUACGGUGGCUGCUCAUCUGGUGUUCUUGCUUACACUCUCCCCUCCAACAACUACAUCGCUUACUGCCCCCUUUUCUUCAGCGAUCUUCCCGGCCUGACCGGCUCCUGCCACGCUCAGGACCAGGCCACCACCGUCCUCCACGAGGAGACCCACGCCCCUGGUGUCUACAGCCCCGGCACUGAGGACAACGGCUACGGCUACAGCGCCGCUACUUCCCUCUCCAGCUCCCGUGCUGUUCUUAACGCUGAUUCCUACGCUCUUUACGCUAACGCAAUCUACUCUGGAUGCUAG